AGACUGUAACACCAAUGUUGUGGUAUUAUUUGUUGCCUAUAAAUACCAUCCCUAUCCUCCAUCUUCCUCUACAAACAGAACAUGGCCUCCUAUCUCUUUCUCUGCCUAUGCCUCUUCUUUCCCCAUCUUUAUGCUUCUUUUUCUUCUUCAGGAUCUCACUCCUGCUCUUCGCUAAUCCAGUUUAAGGACUCUUUUUCCAUAACAGAGGAUGCUUCUUCUUAUUGCGAUGAGAUUGCUGGCCUUCAAUCUUAUCCCAAGACAAAUUCAUGGAAGGAGGGUACAGAUUGCUGCUCAUGGGAUGGGGUCACUUGUGACCACCUAAAUGCUCAUGUUAUUGCCCUUGACUUGAGCUGCAGUUGGCUAUAUGGCAACUUCCCUUCCAAUACCACUCUCUUUCUUCUUCCUCACCUUCAAAAACUCAACCUUGCCUACAAUGACUUUAAUCUUUCCAAAAUUCCAUCCGAGUUCAGUCGGUUUACAAGCCUAUUCUACCUCAACCUUUCUUAUACAGAAUUUGCAGGAGAAGUCCCAUCCCAAGUCUUCACCUGUCAAAAUUGGUUUCACUUGAUCUCUCCGGUCCGGCUUAUGAAAGAACAAUUGACAAACAUGCUCUGGAGGGACUUGUUCACAACCUAACCGAGGUCAGGCAUCUGUUUUUGGAUGGAAUCAACAUGUCUUCUGUUAAUGCUCAUGUCUUUAUGAAUCUAUCCUCUUC